AUGGUUACACAUGGUAAUCAUCUCCAGCAGGGGUGGGUGAUCUAUAACUCCAGCCUGUACUACAUUUCCAAUUAUCAGAAGACCUGGUCUGGGAGCAGACAGGACUGCAGAGACAGAGGAGCAGACCUGGUGAUCAUAAACAGCAAAGAGGAACAGGAAUUUAUUAAAGGUCUCAGUGGGAAGAAGAAAGCUUUCAUUGGUCUGACUGAAGAUGUCACAGAGGGGAAGUGGAACUGGGUGGAUGGCACAGCACUGACCACUGGGUACUGGGACGGAGGCCAGCCUGAUAAAGGACGUGAUGAAAACUGUGUUACUAUUCAACAUCAAUGUUCUUGUGACCGUUUGGAAACCUGGCAUGAUGUUCCAUGUUCUGUUGAGUAUAAUUUUAUCUGUGAGAAAGCUGUACAAUGA